GACAAGAGGAAAUAGUACUGUAGCAUUCGUCAAGUCAAAAUGGGCUCCAUGCCAGAACCUACGCGCUCUGGAUAUCGUCAGCUUGAUAUUGCUAUCAUAGGAUCGGGCUUGGGAGGACUUUCAGCUGCACUCGCACUGCGACGGGCAGGCCACAACGUCACUUUGUACGAGCGUUAUGACUUUGCCGGCGAAGUUGGAGCCUCUCUGUCCGUUGCCUCCAAUGGUUCAAGAUGGUUGCUGAAAUGGGGGCUGGACGUGAAGGCUGUGAAACCAGUCAUACUGCGAAACCUGAUUAUGCAUGAAUGGGAAACUGGAGCAGUGAAAAAGGAGUAUGGACUGGGAGACUACAAAGCGCGAUUUGGCUCAGAAUAUUACAACUUCCAUCGGAUAGACAUGCACCAAGUCCUCCUCCGAACCGUCCAGCAAGCAAAGGGAAUCGGUAGCCCAUGCCGCGUUCUCACCAAGCGCAAGGCCUUAGGUGUAAACGCCAAAACAGGCACUAUCAAAUUUGAAAACGGUGUUACCGUAACCCACGACGCCAUCAUCGCCGCCGACGGCAUUCGUUCCCAGACUCGUCACUCGAUCGGCAUUGAACCAAAGGUUGAGCCUUCAACCUCAUGCUGCUACCGCUGCAUUAUCAGCGCAGACAAGCUGCGAGAACUAGACCUUUCCGAAUUCAUCACCAACGACGCGAUCGAAUUUUGGGGCGGUUUCGGUAUAGACAAGAUCGUCCUCUCCGGCUGCCACAACAACGAAGUCGUAAGCUGCUAUUGCUUUUAUCCCGCUGCUCACAACGGCCUUGAUAAGGACGGGUGGAAUAUUGGUGCUACGCCCGACGAGCUCUGCGAUACUUUCCCGAAUCUCGACCCCCGCGUACGGAAGCUCUUCAAAAACGCCGAUGAUAUCAAGAUGUGGCGGCUGUAUAUUCACGAAGAGUACCCGUACUGGGUUAAGAACCGCGUCGCGCUACUCGGUGAUGCCGCGCAUCCUAUGCUACCUGAUCAGAGCCAAGGGUUCUGCAUGGCCAUCGAAGACGCAGCCGUGCUUGGGGAGCUUUUCAAGGAGGGAAAUUUUGACGGAGAUGUCGAGCAGACGCUGAGGUACUAUGAGGAGAUCCGGAAACCGAGGGCAACUAGAGUACAAUAUGCCAGUGCAAAGGCGCGGACGAAUCUAGAUGAGCGGAUUGGGUGGAGCACGGGCUUGGAGAGGCCAGGCAAGUUGACGAUCGAGGAGAUCUGUGAGUAUGAUUUGGCGGGGCAUGUGAGUAGUGUUGUUGGGAGUGGAGUAAAACAGCUUUCGGAUUGAGUGAUAAGAGGUUUCUUUUCUGUGCAGGUACUAAAUCUUUGAGCAAAAGUCAAUAUCUUUGAUUUUAGAUCUGAUACGCCGUUUAGGCCUUCUGUUUAUCGACGCGGGUUUUCUAGAUGAUCAUUUCUCUAUCAAGAAAGAAUAACAUCGGUUGCACUGACCGCAUGCUCGCGUCAGCAAAGCCAUUGUAGCACAAUCUUGUACCACAG